CCUCUGGCAGUGGUGCUGCGUCGGUCUGGUCGCUUUCAGUGCCGUGCCACAGUGCGGUACUACAAGGCCCGCGUCACGGCGGAGCCGUGUGCCGCCAUAGCCGGUCUCGAUGCAGCUGUCUUCAGUUUUGGACGUGGGGAGCGCUGUGGCAAGGCGCCGGAGAAGCUGGCUCGCAGCGAUCAGAUCUUCGACCACCUCAUCCUAGCCACAGCCGUGUCUGCGACGGAGUGGGCAGAGCGCUACCAGUGCGUUUCUGAUUUCAACGAGCUAGUGACCGCGGUGCAGAAGGAACUGCCUUCGCGACGCUCGCUGAGGCUGCUGCCAGCCCCGUGCUGGUGGUUGUGA